GACCCCCUACCUGUUCCCUCUCCUCUAUUUACUUUCCCGAGAAAGUGAGAUAGAGGAGAGAAGAAACGCUCCUCCGCCGAUCCUCUCUCCUCGUAUUUUCUCACCUACCAAACGCCCCCUCCCGUCCUCAAGCAAACCCUAAUUCUCUCCUAAAUCUCAUCAAUGGCGGAUGCGUUUUGCACCGAUUGUAAGAAGAACACCGAGGUCGUGUUCGAUCACUCGGCGGGCGACACGGUGUGUUCCGAGUGCGGGCUUGUGCUGGAGUCUCACUCGAUUGAUGAGACCUCCGAGUGGAGAACGUUCGCGAACGAGUCCGGCGACAAUGACCCGGUCCGUGUUGGCGGCCCAUCCAACCCACUUCUCACCGACGGUGGCCUUUCGACCGUUAUAGCGAAGCCGAACGGGGUUUCGGGAGAUUUCUUGUCGAGUUCGCUAGGGCGGUGGCAGAAUCGGGGGUCGAAUCCGGAUCGGGGUCUGAUUCUGGCUUUCAAGACCAUCGCGACUAUGUCUGAUAGGUUGGGCCUUGUUGCGACCAUAAAGGACCGCGCUAAUGAAAUAUAUAAGAAGGUAGAAGAUCAAAAGUCUACUAGAGGAAGAAAUCAAGAUGCUCUGUUGGCUGCCUGUCUCUAUAUUGCUUGUCGACAAGAAGACAAACCGCGCACUGUAAAGGAAAUUUGCUCUGUUGCCAAUGGAGCCACAAAGAAAGAAAUUGGCCGAGCAAAAGAAUACAUAGUGAAACAACUGGAGGCUGAGAAGGGCCAAUCGGUAGAGAUGGGAACCAUACAUGCUGGAGACUUUAUGAGGAGAUUUUGUUCCAAUCUUGGGAUGACCAACCAAGUGGUUAAAGCUGCCCAAGAAGCUGUGCAGAAGUCUGAAGAGUUUGAUAUAAGGAGGAGCCCUGUAUCAAUUGCAGCAGCAGUUAUUUACAUUAUAACCCAGCUUUCAGAUGAGAAGAAGCUUCUCCGAGAUAUCUCAAUAGCUACGGGAGUUGCAGAAGGAACAAUCAGAAACUCGUACAAGGAUCUCUAUCCCCAUAUCUCAAGGAUAAUACCAAGCUGGUAUGCCAAGGAGGAGGAUCUCCGAAAUCUUUGCAGCCCUUAAAAAACCACAGCAAGCGGCGGAGCACCCAAUAUCCGUGUUGUUGAAAAUACAAAAGACCAGCAUUCCAAUUUUCCUUUUCAUUUUCUUCUCUUAUUUAAUUUUGCAUUAAGCACCAAUCCCCUUGUGGAUUUUGCUUGAACUGGCUGCAGCUGCUUUUCAGAUGGAUUUUUAUUUUUAUUUUUAUUUUAACACACGUGUCAUCAGCAGCUGUCUUUUUAGAUGUUGGCUAUCCCCUGACACAUUCCCAAUAGUGCAUAUUAUAAGAUAUUUCAUUUCAUUCAUA